UUGUCUAGGAUCCAAGCUACUGGAUACAGGUGCAUCGCUUGGAACAUGGAGAUGGAGGAAUUCUAGACCUGGAUGACAUCCUCUGUGAUGUAGCAGAUGAUAAAGACAGACUGGUAGCUGUGUUUGAUGAACAAGAUCCACAUCAUGGAGGUGAUGGCACCAGUGCUAGUUCCACAGGUACCCAGAGUCCAGAGGUGUUUGGUAGUGAGCUUGGUACCAACAGUGUUUCAGCCUUUCAGCCUUAUCAAGCAACAAGUGAAAUUGAGGUUACACCUUCAGUCCUCCGAGCAAAUAUGCCUCUUCAUGUCCGACGAAGCAGUGACCCAGCUUUAAUUGGCCUCUCCACUUCUGUCAGUGAUAAUAAUUUUUCUUCCGAAGAGCCCUCAAGGAAAAACCCUACMCGCUGGUCAACAACAGCUGGCUUCCUCAAGCAAAACCCUGCUGGUAGUCCCAAAGCCUGUGACAGAAAGAAAGAUGAAAACUACAGAAGCCUCCCACGGGAUACUAGUAACUGGUCUAAUCAAUUCCAGAGAGACAAUGCUCGCUCAUCUCUCAGUGCCAGUCACCCAAUGGUGGACAAGUGGUUGGAGAAGCAAGAACAGGACGAGGAUGGGACGGAAGAAGACAGUAGCCGUGUGGAACCAGUUGGACAUGCUGACACUGGUUUGGAGAAUAUACCCAGCUUUUCUCUGGAUGAUAUGGUAAAGCUCGUACAAGUCCCCAACGAUGGAGGGCCUCUGGGAAUCCAUGUAGUGCCUUUCAGUGCUCGAGGAGGCAGAACCCUGGGUUUAUUAGUAAAACGAUUGGAGAAAGGUGGUAAAGCUGAACAAGAAAACCUUUUUCAUGAGAAUGAUUGCAUUGUCAGGAUUAAUGAUGGUGAUCUGCGGAAUAGAAGAUUUGAACAAGCACAACAUAUGUUUCGCCAAGCCAUGCGUACACCCAUCAUUUGGUUCCAUGUGGUUCCUGCAGCAAAUAAAGAGCAGUAUGAACAACUUUCCCAAAGUGAGAAGAACAAUUACUAUUCAAGCCGCUUCAGUCCCGACAGCCAGUAUAUUGAUAACAGGAGUGUGAACAGUGCUGGACCUCAUGCACUGCAGAGAGCACCCAGACUGAGCCACCCACCUGAGCAGAUAGAAGCUCACCCACRACUACCUCAUAGUGCACACCCCUCCGCAAAACCACCUUCAGCCCCAGCUCCAGCCCCACAGAAUGUAUUUAGCUCAAGUGCRAGCAGUGGUUAUAACACCAAAAAAGUAGGCAAGAGGCUCAAUAUCCAGCUGAAGAAAGGUACAGAAGGUUUGGGAUUCAGCAUCACUUCACGAGACGUCACAAUAGGUGGCUCGGCUCCAAUUUAUGUGAAAAACAUCCUCCCCCGAGGGGCUGCCAUUCAGGAUGGUAGACUGAAGGCAGGAGAUAGACUCAUAGAGGUAAAUGGAGUAGAUUUAGCAGGCAAAUCCCAAGAGGAAGUUGUUUCCCUGUUAAGAAGCACCAAGAUGGAAGGGACUGUGAGCCUUCUGGUCUUUCGCCAGGAAGACGCCUUUCACCCAAGGGAACUGAAUGCAGAGCCAAGCCAGAUGCAGAUUCCAAAAGAAACGAAAGCAGAAGAUGAAGAUAUUGUUCUCACACCUGAUGGCACCAGGGAAUUUCUUACAUUUGAAGUUCCACUUAAUGAUUCAGGAUCUGCUGGUCUUGGUGUCAGUGUCAAAGGUAACCGGUCCAAAGAGAACCAUGCAGAUUUGGGAAUCUUCGUCAAGUCCAUUAUUAAUGGUGGAGCAGCAUCUAAAGAUGGAAGGCUGCGGGUGAAUGACCAACUGAUAGCAGUAAAUGGAGAAUCCCUGUUGGGCAAGACAAACCAAGAUGCCAUGGAAACCCUAAGAAGGUCGAUGUCCACUGAAGGAAAUAAACGAGGAAUGAUCCAGCUUAUUGUGGCGAGGCGAAUAAGCAAGUGCAAUGAGCUAAAGUCACCUGGGAGCCCCCCUGGAUCUGAGCUKCCCAUUGAAACAGUGUUGGAUGAUAGAGAACGAAGAAUUUCCCAUUCCCUCUACAGUGGGAUCGAGGGACUUGAUGAAUCACCCACAAGAAAUGCUGCACUCAGUAGGAUAAUGGGUGAGUCAGGUAAAUACCAGUUGUCCCCUACUGUGAAUAUGCCCCAAGAUGACACUAUCAUUAUAGAAGAUGACAGGUUGCCCAUGCUUCCUCCACAUCUUUCUGACCAGUCCUCUUCCAGCUCCCAUGAUGAAGUGGGAUUCACCAUGACAGAUGCUGGCACCUGGGUUAAGGCUGCAAUCAGUGAUUCAGCUGACUGCUCUUUGAGUCCAGAUGUUGAUCCAGUACUUGCUUUUCAACGGGAAGGAUUUGGACGCCAGAGUAUGUCAGAAAAACGCACAAAGCAAUUUUCAGAUGCCAGUCAAUUGGAUUUCGUUAAAACGCGAAAAUCAAAAAGCAUGGAUUUAGGUAUAGCUGACGAGACUAAACUCAAUACAGUGGAUGACCAGAAAGCAGGCUCCCCCAACAGGGAUGUGGGACCUUCCCUGGGUCUGAAGAAGUCAAGCUCACUGGAGAGUCUGCAGACAGCAGUAGCUGAGGUGACUUUGAAUGGGGAUAUUCCUUUCCAUCGCCCACGGCCGCGCAUAAUCCGAGGAAGGGGAUGCAAUGAGAGCUUCAGAGCUGCUAUUGACAAGUCUUAUGAUAAACCUGCCAUCGAUGAUGAUGAUGAAGGCAUGGAGACAUUGGAAGAAGACACAGAAGAAAGUUCACGAUCAGGGAGAGAAUCGGUUUCCACAGCCAGUGAUCAGCCUUCGCACUCUCUGGAGAGACAAAUGAAUGGGAACCAAGAAAAAGGGGACAAGACUGAUAGGAAAAAGGAUAAAACUGGAAAAGAGAAGAAAAAAGAUAGAGAAAAGGAAAAGGAUAAAAUGAAAGCCAAGAAGGGAAUGCUGAAGGGUUUGGGAGACAUGUUCAGGAUUCAAGCCAAAACUCGAGAAUUUAGGGAGCGACAAGCUCGAGAACGUGACUAUGCUGAAAUCCAAGAUUUUCAUCGCACAUUUGGCUGUGACGACGAGUUGAUGUACGGGGGAAUGUCUUCUUAUGAAGGUUCUCUGGCUCUCAACACCAGGCCCCAGAGCCCAAGAGAAGGGCACAUGAUGGAUGCUUUGUAUGCUCAAGUGAAGAAGCCGCGGAAUUCCAAACCUUCACCUGUAGACAGCAACCGAUCAACUCCAAGCAACCAUGAUCGGAUACAGCGUCUGCGGCAAGAAUUUCAGCAGGCAAAGCAAGAUGAAGAUGUGGAAGAUCGGCGACGCACCUAUAGCUUUGAACAACCAUGGCCCAGCUCCCGGCCAGCAGCACAGAGUGGCAGGCACUCUGUGUCCGUAGAAGUGCAGGCACAGCGGCAGCGGCAAGAGGAACGUGAGAGCUUCCAGCAGGCCCAGCGCCAGUACAGUUCCCUGCCUCGGCAAAGCAGGAAGAAUGCCAGUUCUGUUUCCCAGGAUUCCUGGGAACAGAACUACCCACCUGGUGAAGGUUUCCAGAGUGCCAAGGAGAACCCCAGGUACUCUAGCUACCAAGGCUCCAGAAACGGCUACCUGGGAGGGCACGGUUUCAACGCCAGGGUCAUGCURGAGACCCAGGAGCUCCUCCGCCAGGAGCAGCGGCGGAAAGAACAGCAGAUGAAGAAGCAGCCUCCUCCUGAGGGACCCAGCAACUAUGACUCGUAUAAGAAAGUCCAGGACCCCAACUAUGCCCCUCCUAAGGGGCCCUUCCGGCAAGAUGUGCCCCCGUCGCCUUCUCAGGUCGCCAGACUGAACAGACUCCAAACUCCUGAGAAGGGGCGGCCCUUCUAUUCCUGAGCACGAGGAGAACACAUGCUUCAUGUCAUGCAAUAAAGGACAUUUUCAUACAAAGACUUGUAUUUUGGGAGUUUUUUAAAACCUUGAUGGUACUAUGGAAUAUUUCUGUUGUUGGUAUCAGUGCCUUUAAGCAGUGUGGGCAAAGAAAUGGAAGGCCUUAAUGUCUUUGCCGCUAUGUCUCAAGUGUUCUUUCAUGGAAGGAUUUCCCACCAUCUGACAAUCAUCUGUUCGAGGCAUCCACACCCUCUGCAUCUCUCUGGAGUACCCGGAAUUUUGGCCCAAUGCAUAAGAUAUCCAUGGCUUUGUUGUUACGGUCCCAUACAACUUGGGUGACAGAUGAAGCUGAAGAAGGUGUUGAUUCUUCUUUUUCCCCUCUACAUUCUCUUAGCUAUGAGGGGAUAUCUCAGUUUCUAGUGGAUGACAGUGGAUGACAUACACCAGAAACUGGGACUUUCCAGUACUUCACAGCACAGUCAUUUAUAGAGCUUUGUAAUCAGUGUGGGUUUCCCUUCYCUUUCUCAGCAACUUGUAUCAGGAAAGUUCCGUCAUCAUAUACUAAAGAAGCUAAGCCAUAUUCCAGCACCAUUUGGUUAUCAGGGGGGUCCUUGUGUAACUGCCUUAUAACUCAACAUUACCAGUAAAGUGAUGAUUCUAGUCUUGUGUUUAUAAAUACACUUGUUCAGUCAUGUCCCUGACACGUGUUGAGUCRGCACAGCUCUGCUAAGGGAACGAGGGGCAUGGGAGUAACCUGGGUGGAGGAAGGACUGGGCCUGCCCUGAACCAUGUGGAGGGAGGGGGGGAGCUGAAGAAAGAAUUCUCCCAGGAGGUGUAUGGGCCAGUACAUCCCAAUUAUUAUUUUAGUUAGUUUUUGUUGUGACAGUGUGGAAGGAAGGGCAUAGAGUGGGACAGAGAUAAAUCAGUUGGUCAUUUUUGAAUUCUAAAAAUGGAUCUCUCUGUAGUUCUUAAGGUCGGUUGGAACUGAUAUUUGUCUAGCAUAUCCACAUACUGUAUCCCUGCCUGGUGAUACCAUGUCUCUAAAUAAUUCUGCCAUGAAACAUAAAAGACAAAUAAGGGAAAAGCCAUUCCRCAUUACACAGAGAACAUUAUGGUGUCCCAAAACAGUAACAAAAGAUUGCUCUCAUGUCAAUACUUUAUYGCACGUGCAGGUCACAAGGCCCUCGGUUGCUCCCUGUUUUCAUCUGUCGGUCUGAACGUUCUGUAUUGUAAACCAUGGCUGGGUUGCUAAAGUGCCUGCGAAUCCCGAUGUGAAAAAAGCUUGAGAUGAAAGCUCAGCAUAACGUGUAUUAACAAAAAAGAAGAAGAAGAAAAAAAGACAUGUAUUGAUAUGCCUAUUCUUUUUUUUUACUGGCACAUUGUAUUUUUGCGUCGACUUGUUUUUAGAAAAUACGUGAAGUGUCCACACGUCCYUGUGUCUCUUUUGCAUUUCUGUGUAAUGGUUCUAUUUGUUAAUAAUGUGCAGCGAUGUUUAAAUGGUGUUACCAAUGUAAGCACGGUGACCUUGGAUGACAGUGGCUCUUUCUCACAGCCUUCCCUGAGCUGUGAGAAACAGCUUUCCCUGUACAUAUGAGACUUCUAAUAAAAGGCAUAUUUCUUCCUGUU